AUGUUCUUUCUUUCUUUCUUUCUUUCUUUCUUUCUUUCUUUCUUUCUUUCUUUCUCAUCUCUACCUUUUCCCAUCUGCUAUGCUAUCGUUUUUCUUACUUUCUUUUUAUUUAUCUCACCCAAUGUUGCUUUCUUUCUUCAUUUCUUUUAUUUUUUCCUACGUCCUUUUCCUUCGUCAUUUUCUUAUUUCCUUUCUUUUUUUGUCUUUUGUUUUCUUUAUUCCUUGUCAUUUCUCUCGUCUUUUUCUUUCUUCCUUUCUUUCUUUAUUUCCUACUUCCUUUUCUUUCUUUCUUUCUUUCUUUCUUUCUUUCUUUCUUUCUUCCUUUUAUUCAUUCUUUCUUUGCUUUUUGCUUUCCUUUUCAUUUCUCUCACUUUUUCUCUCUUUUUUUUCAUCGUUUCUUUAUUUCCUACUUCCUUUUCUUUCAUUAUUCCUUUCUUUCCUUCUUUCUUUCUUUGUUUACGGCCACAUUCCAUUAAAACACCGUUCAAUUUUCAACCAAUCCCGAUGGAUGGAUAUUCCGUCAGUGAGGUCCCGUUCUUCUCCUUUACUUUUCCAUCCUACAGUCCUUCUCUUAUUACUUCUUUCUGUCCCAGUCUCAUGACAAGACAAGAAAAUACAAAACCUUUGUCUUCGGGCAGAGAGUGA